GCCACUUCCCAUACUAGCCAGAAGCUAUUGGCCGGUUGCUGCCCCUAACCUUUCACAGGCAGGAUCUAGAAACGGGCUUGUUCUUUUCUGUUGGGGAUAGUGAAACUUCAGGCAUAAACAGGAACAAGACUUUCUGGUCCUAGGGAGCCUCAGCCAGCAGAUCCCCCAAACCCUUGACCUCCUCAUGAGAGAAGAGUUGUCACAAUGAAACGGAAUCAAUCAAUCUUGGAUCUGGUGGAGCAAAUCUUGUCUGAGUUCAGGCUACAGGAAGAAGACCUAAAGAAGGUGAUGAGGCGGAUGCAGAAGGAGAUGGACCGGGGCCUGCGGCUGGAAACUCAUGAAGAAGCCAGUGUGAAGAUGCUCCCCACUUAUGUGCGCUCCACCCCAGAGGGCUCAGAAGUAGGAGACUUCCUCUCCUUGGAUCUGGGUGGCACCAAUUUCCGGGUAAUGUUGGUAAAAGUAGGAGAAGGAGAGGAGGGUCAAUGGAGUGUGAAGACAAAACAUCAGAUGUACUCCAUCCCUGAGGACGCCAUGACAGGCACGGCAGAAAUGCUAUUUGACUACAUCUCUGAAUGUAUUUCUGAUUUCCUGGACAAACACCAGAUGAAACAUAAAAAGUUGCCUCUGGGCUUCACAUUCUCCUUCCCUGUGCGGCAUGAAGACAUUGACAAGGGAAUCCUUCUCAACUGGACAAAAGGCUUCAAAGCAUCAGGUGCUGAAGGGAACAACAUAGUCGGACUCCUGAGAGAUGCUAUCAAGCGGCGUGGGGACUUUGAAAUGGAUGUUGUUGCCAUGGUCAAUGACACGGUGGCGACAAUGAUUUCCUGCUACUAUGAAGAUCGCCAGUGUGAGGUCGGCAUGAUUGUUGGCACAGGGUGUAAUGCCUGCUACAUGGAGGAGAUGGAGAACGUGGAACUGGUGGAAGGGGAUGAAGGCCGGAUGUGUGUGAAUACCGAGUGGGGAGCCUUCGGGGAUGCUGGGGAACUUGACGAGUUCCUGUUGGAGUAUGACCGGGUGGUGGACGAGACCUCCCUGAACCCCGGUCAGCAGCUUUAUGAAAAGAUCAUCGGAGGCAAGUACAUGGGGGAGAUCGUGAGGCUGGUUCUACUGAAGUUGGUGGAUGAGAAUUUGCUCUUCAACGGGGAAGCAUCUGAACAGCUGAGGACCCGGGGGGCCUUCGAGACCCGUUUUGUCUCCCAAGUGGAGAGUGAUUCUGGGGACCGAAAGCAGAUCUACAACAUUCUGAGUACUCUGGGACUGCUCCCCUCCACAACAGACUGUGAUAUUGUGCGCAUGGCCUGUGAGAGUGUUUCUACGCGGGCAGCCCAAAUGUGCUCUGCAGGGCUGGCAGGUGUUAUCAAUCGCAUGCGGGAGAGUCGCAGCGAGGAGGUCAUGAGGAUCACUGUAGGUGUGGAUGGCUCUGUCUACAAACUGCACCCCAGCUUCAAACAUCGAUUCCAUGCUACUGUGCGGCAGCUGGCACCCUGUUGUGACAUCACUUUUAUCCAAUCAGAGGAGGGCAGUGGACGGGGUGCUGCCCUUGUCUCUGCUGUGGCCUGCAAAAAGGCCUGCAUGCUUAACCAGUGAAGGCAGGUGUAGCCCCUGCCUGCCUAGGCAACUGCCAGGGGCAGUGCUCACAGGAAGCUGCUCCCCAGCUCCUUCAGCCCUUGGUCCAGGACAGAACUUCUGCCCCCUUUCACCUUGAGGAGGCUGGGCUUUUAUUGAUAGCAAGUGCCAUGGAAGAUAUACUCUUGGGGUUGUUUCUUCUCACAAAGGAGGAAGCUGAGGGAUGCAAAGCAGCUUGUUUUUCUCCAUGCAGCAGCUGACUGCCUCUCCAUGGAUGUGGGACUUGACAACCGUUGGUAUCUGUGUGCAGUACUCAGCUCAGGACGAGGGGGAAAUGUGAGGACCAGGGGGAAAAGACCUGACAGAGAAGGAAUGGCCUCAAACAGAUCUGUAACAAGGAAUUUUUGCAUCUGGAUCAAGGGAAAGGAAGAUGCUGGGGGGAAUUCACUUGGGGUGCAGCCAUUGGGGAAGAAAGAGUACUCCAGGGCACCACAAGAUUUUUAUGCUGCUGAACGACUGACUUGUACUGGGUGGCAGUAGGUGGAGUGGGGGAAACUAGAGACCAGAGUUCAGCCAAUAGAGGAAGAAAGUAUGCCCUGGGUCAGGUGCAGUUAGCACCCUCCAAAUUUUGGUGCCCUGGGACAAAAUCUUUGUUAUUCCUCUCUACUUAAUAGCUCUGACCUUGAAGAAUGACCUCCUAUACAACUCUGCCCAAGCCCACCAACAUAGCCAGGACAUUGUGUCUCCCUCCCCCAUCUCCUCAUACCUCUCCCACCCCCAGUCUCUUAUCCUCUCUUCCUAGCUGGUAGCCAGGGGCUUAAUUGAAACCUAGUGGUGGCCAGGGAUGGUCUAUUCCUGUAAAAUGGUGGGUAUGGCUCUAGCCUGACAGUAGGGAUCCUAGUUCUCCUGAUAACACCACAGCCAACUUCCUUUUUAAUGGCUGACCUGUAUAUAUUUGCUGCUUCUAUCAGGGUAAGCUCCUGGAUCCCUGGCAUGGCAAGUCAGCUUCACUACAACCAUCCAGACUUUGCCAGUCUGUUCCCCACUAGUGUCACCAGGCUGUACUCAGACUCAAAAGAUUCUCCCUUUCUUCUCACCUAAGUCCCACAAAGGCAGGAGCCUACGUAUAUCAGCCCUAGGGGUGUUGGGGGGGGGUCUAUAUGGGAAUAACCUAUUCUACUUGUGCCAUUGAGACAACCAAAGACCACAGAUUCCCUGAAUCUUCAGGCAAGUUGGCAUUCCUUUUUCUCCUAGGAAAUAUACCCAGUAAAACAAAAUGAAACUGAACCCCAGUAAGAGGGAAGACCUUCCCCCUGACCCCUCCACCCAAGCUUAGUGAGUCGAUUGAGCCAUUAUAGCCUCAUGAGAUAUCCCUGCAUGCUAGAAACACAUACCACCUCAUAACCACAACCAGGCCAUUAUGCAUAGAAGACAAAAGGCUCUUCCUGCCUCUCUCUUGGCAGGGGAGCCUGUAUAAUCUCCCUGGGGCUCUUAUUGUAAGACUCCUUCCCCAGUCACUCUCCGGAGGAAGGCUCUGGAGCCAGGCCUUAAUACUGGCAUCUGUAGAUUAUAUACCUGUUGAACCACAAAGUCCUGGGUAUCACACACACAAACACACAUACACACGUAAAACCCAGCCCUUCCUUUUCCACAUCGUAAAGCCACCAUACUCAUCAUAGUCCUUCUCCAAUUCCUUCCCUGAUUGUCUUUUUAUUUUUAAAUAAAGAAAAAUUUGAAAUAUGG